AUGUCCGAUGAAGAGGAAAUUAAAGGAGUGAUGUCGCUGAUUCAAUUGGGUGUAGACUCGUUGAUUGCCGUCGACUUGCAGACAUGGGUUGUGAAGGAAUUGGUAGUUGGUAUGCCUGUUUUGAAGAUUUUGGAUGGAUCUUUGAUUGGGGAAUUGGCUGCAGAAGUUGCUGCUAAGCUGACGGCAACGAAGGAGAUAAUUCCUUAA